CAUGAGAGUUAAUAUGAGCUUAAUAUGAGCUUUAUUUCCAAUGUAGCUAUAUUUUGGCAGUUAGGUUACUUACUUUUCCGGCGCCUUUGCAAAGUUGUGCUUUAUUCCGUUGUGGAUUUAGUAAGGAAGCCAGGGAGUACGCGAAUGGUCGAUUCGUGACAUUGAUUUAAUUUAUAUGCAUUGGUUUUUUUUUUCUCUGGUUAAUUCUUAAACAACUAUAUACUAAAUCAUAUCUUCCAAUUUAGGAUUGUCCAUGAUUUAUUUUGCCAGUUUGCCAGAGAGAGGAAAAUAGAACAUUUGACGUUGGACGUCAUAAAGCUGUUGGUUAUCCUUCACUUUAAAUCAGCGAUUUAAUUGCGAUGCUUCAACUGCGCGUAGAGGGCCGACGGUCUGAGUAUCGCUUUUCCAGUUACAAUAUCAACUAAAACACAAUGGACUGAAUAAUAUAAAAUCGUAGCUAUAUACACAAUUGCAUUUUAAUAUCAUACAGUACAGUUUAGGCUUUCGACUGUGCCGAUUCUAAUGUCCCCUGCGUAUCGUAUUGCCUCAACUUGCUGUCUUUCUCAGCUUCAUCCGACAAUUACAAUGGCAUCUGUAUGGGAUGAACUGGAUGGUCUUCUUGACUCGCCCAGCUCUUUUACAGCAGCGCCUGGUGACAGAGGCACCAUUAAAGACAAACAUGACUUCAAUGCAGAGGAAGACGUUGAGGCUUUGCGUGAAGCCAUUGAAGGCGCUGGCACCACUGAAAAGACUCUGAUUGAAAUAUUGGCCUGCAGAAGCCACGCCCAGCGCCAGGUCAUCUGUAAAGCGUAUGAAGAAGCAACUGGGAGGGCUCUGGUCGAUGACUUGGAAGGAGACACGGGGGGUGACUUUAUGAGACUGUUGGUUGCACUUGUCACACCCCCAGCGCAGUACGACUGCAACGAGAUCAAACGUGCCAUGCAGGGGGCUGGCACAAAUGACAGUGCUUUAAUAGAAAUCUUCGCCUCAAGAUCCAAUGAGCAAAUUCAUGCCUUCUCUGCUGCCUAUUUGGAAGAAAAGGAGAGAAAACUGACGUAUGACCUCAAGUCGGAAAUAUCGGGUGAAUAUGGGACCGCUCUGCUCAUCUUAGCUGAGGGAGAGAGAGAUGAGGACACGGACGAGGACCCAGAGGAAAAAGCCAAAGAAGACGCUAUGGCCUUGUACGAGGCUGGGGAGAAGAAGUGGGGAACGGAUGAGAGCAAGUUCAUCGACAUCCUGUGCCACAGAAGCAUACGUCAGCUGAGACAAACGCUGGUGGAGUUUAAGAAGCUGAGUGGGAAGACCCUGCAGGAGAGCAUUGAGGGAGAGAUGUCCGGCGAGCUACAGGAGCUGCUGGUGGCUGUUGUGAAAUGCGUUAAGAAUGUCCCAGCCUACCUGGCAGAAAAACUCUAUGAGAGUAUGAAGGGUGGCGGUACAGACGAGGCCACUCUGAGCAGAAUCAUGGUGAGCCGCUCAGAGGUGGAUCUGCUGGACAUCAGGGCGGAGUUUAAACGGCUGUACGAGGGCUCCCUGCACUCUGCUAUAGAGUCAGACGUGUCCGGUGACUACGGGGACUGUCUGAAGAUAAUCUGUGGAGGUGAAGACUAACCCAAACUCCACCAUUAGACCAUUUUAUUGCUCCCAAGAGCUGACUCAAUAAUUUAAUUUCAAAUUAUGGUGUGAUAAACAACAGAGGUGUGCGACACUUCUGAUGUUUCAUAUGAUUUCUGACUUGGUGGAGCUGUUCACUUCUCCCCCCUUCUGGAAAAAUCUCCACUCAACCACCUUGUUUCUGUUCAGUGUGUGACAGUUGGCCAUUAUUUUGGUGUGAUCAAUACAACGGUGUUCUUUCUCUGCUGGUUAAUAUGUAACUGUCCAUCUUUGCACAACAUGUUUUCUAACAGCUUUUCUAACUGAAAAAUAAAAAGUAAAAAAAUAAA